AUGAAUCGUUACGGGGAAUUGGAAAAUUGCCAGUGCCCUUUGUGCCUCCGUCCAGAUACGAAGCAAAGAUCCGUGGAUACUUUCUCAAUACACCCUGCGGUCAAUGCUAAAGACAUCAUAUACGGCCCUAACCUCGUUGAAGUGCUCUUCUCUGAUGGACAUAGGGGACUAUAUCCAUAUUCAUGGUUAAAUAGCCAUGUCAACCUCACCACCGAGAGGAAAACGUUCUCUGCGCCGUUCAAGUUCAGAGAAUUCUCAUCCUACAAUCCUGAUCAGGACUCUUAUCCUGAAGUCGAGUACUCCAAAGUUAUGUCCGACGACGCCGCGUUGUUAAGAUGGUUUGAUGAGAUUUACAAAUGGGGUUUCUGUUUCGUGAAAGGAGUCCCUGUGGAUCCUGAAUCAACCAAAGCACUUCUCGAACGGAUUGCGUUUAUCAGACACACUCAUUACGGCGGUUUCUGGGACUUUACAUCGGACUUGACCUUCAAGGAUACUGCCUACACCACGGAAUUCCUAGGCGCGCAUACAGACAACACAUAUUUCACUGACCCUGCUAGACUUCAGCUCUUCCACCUUUUGUCGCACACUGAUGGCCACGGCGGGGCCAGCUUGCUUGUAGACGGUUUCAAGGCUGCCUCCAUCAUGCGACAAGAAAAUCCAAAACACUGCGGAGUCCUCGCCGCUACCAAGCAACCGUACCACUCAAGUGGGAAUGAGGACGUAUGCAUACAACCCGCGGAGCAGGCCCCUGUCUUCAAGCUUCACCCCGAUUUGAACCGACUAUACCAAGUCCGAUGGAACAACUAUGAUCGAGCAGCGAAACGAAACUGGGGAUUGAAGGAGCAGAACCGAUGGUAUAACGCAGCACGCCAUUUUAACAAUAUUAUCCAGCGCCCGAACGUUGAAAUAUGGACCCAGCUUCAGCCCGGAACUGCGCUCAUUUUCGACAACUGGAGGAUGCUUCAUGGCCGUUCCGAGUUCACUGGCAAGCGGCGGAUGUGUGGUGGAUACAUCAACAACGACGACUUCAUCUCGCGUUACCGACUUCUGAAAUAUGGAAGAGAAAAGGUUAUCGAAAAUCUAGGUAACCUUGCUUUCUACAAGGGUAAUCCCACUUUGCUGCUGUAA